AAUGAACAAAGCAGAUAUUUUGUCAAAUCCAUUGGGCGAAAUAAAUAUUUCAAUAGAUGACGUCACCACUGUUGGUGUAGAUCUCAAUGCAUGUUCUGUUUAUAGAAACUUGAUUGAUGAAGUUGAAACCCAACCCAACUAUUCCCAAUUAACAACUGAUCUAAUGAACUUAGUUGAAAGUCUGAAAAAGUACGAGAAACCAAUUGUAAAUCCUUCUUCUGGAAAACAACAACAGAAUGAUGUAAAGCCAAAAGGUUUCCAGCUUGCUAAGAAGAGUUACUCUUUUGAAGAACUCAAAAAUAUCAUUAAAAAUGGUGAUGUCAAGACAUUUCAAUCAAUUCUUAUUGAUCAUCCAAGUAUCGUUAAAAUGAGAAAUGUUCAUGAAACAACACUGUUGAUAGAAGCAGCAUGGUACAAUAAACCAUCAAUAGUGAAAUGUUUGAUUGAUGCUGGUAGUGAUGUGAAUGCUGUGAAUGAAUAUAAAUGGAAUGCAUAUCACUACAGUGCAUGUGAUGGUCAUCAUGAUGUUUUGAAAGUUUUAAUUAAUCAUGACGUAACAAACAUUAACAACGUAAACAAUAACAAUGACACACCAUUACAUCUUGCAUCUCGUUAUGGUCAUACUGAUUGUGUGAAGUUGUUGUUGUCUAUACCACACAUCGAUGUAAAUGUACGAAACUGGCAGAAUAAAACUGCUUAUGAUGGUACUUAUAAUCACACUAUCAAACGUUUAUUACAAGAACAUUACAGAAAUUAAGAACAUUUUCAAACAAUUAUACUUUUUUAAUUUACCUAAGCAAAUUAUUAAAAGCAUAUAUCGUCUUUUUUAUUAGAACUAUAGGUUAUUGUAGAAUAGGUUUCUUAUUUAUUUCAUAAAUAUACGUUCACAAAUUUCAAAGUAUGACU